AUUCGGGAAGGGGCUGACGUCAGUGCUGAUGGUAUCGACCCCGUGUUCCGGCAGUACCUGGCUCCGCUACAUGAUAGAGGGAGCCACUGGCUUUUUCAUAGGCUCUAACUACAAUGAUACAUUACUCUACAAUGCCGGUUUCCUUGGGGAGAAGGUAAUGGAGAGCGGAAGGACAAUAUUGCAGAGGACCCACGGUGCCUCCUUAUACCCCACCUAUAUCUACGAUCUGCAGGACCGCUAUGAGGAGGUAAACUCCAGCCUGCCGACCAUUCUCCUCCUUCGUGAUCCAGCCAGAACCAUCAUCUCUUAUUGGAAACUGCUGAACCUUGCGGGAAGUAACAAACAUCUGGAUGAAAUACCAUUGUCAAGGUUCCAGAGUCCAGACUUUCAUGAGUUCGUGGGUGAAGCCACUUCACUGUGGGAGGAGCUGGCAGCAGACCGACUCUUGUGGUGUACUGGUCCGCUCUACGUCAUCCAUUAUGAGGACCUAGUACACAACCCUUUGUACCACCUGCGCCGCCUGCUGCACUUCCUCAG